CACAGAUUCCAAAUUCCAGCCCUUUCCUUGCUUUGUUUUGUUCCCCUCCCUCACCGCAUCUCCCCCUGCAGCCGCAGCAGCAGCCGCAGCCGCAGCCGCCUUCCUGCCCCCGGAUUCCAAGGCCCGAGGCCGCGUAACCGCGCCUCCUCCCCUCUGCCGCCCGAAUCCUUCAAGAAGAGGACCUCGGGCUCUCGCGCCCAUCCGCGCCCGGAGUUCGAUGUCCGUUUGCGUCCGAUGGAUCCGCACCGCCUGACCGGCCCCGCCGCAUCCGGCGCCGACGAUGCCGACGACUGGGAUAAUGAUGGCUUUGUGAUCCCAAGCUUGAGUGUUGAAGAAUCUGAUCUUGGUGACUGGGAAGUUUCACGGGCUUCUGAUCCUCAACCACCUCCAAAGCCCGCCAAGGAUACAGAGAACAUCUAUCUCGGACCACACGGUGCGCCACCAUCUCGAGCAAAGAAGCCAGAGGAUACUUCAGCUACAACUGGGUACCGUGAUAAGAACAAAGUGAAGGAAGCUGAACAGAAGGUGUUUGGAACUGGCCGGAACAACAAAGGAGGCAACACCGGGGACUUCCAUCGCUACAAUGCUGGCCACCAUGUCAAGGACCCCUACAAAAGAUCCACUUGACCUUCUCUCCAUCGUGGCUUGUUCCCAGUGACACCUAUCUGCUGUCAUCAGCUUGACUAAGUGCGAGUUUGGUGAUUUUAUCAGUGUUAGAAUUCUUGGUGAUCAUCGGUCGGUCCAAUUAUCUUCCAGUUGCAAGUAUUCCUGAUCUAUGGAUAUGUACUAUUGGCAUGCUACUCUGGAACGAUGCAUUUGCUUUGAAUGGAAAAUCUGUGUUCCUAAAUCA